AUGAAGAUUGAUGCAGAGAGGGAGAGGGUCCAGGCGGAGACCGAGCGGGUGAAGGUGGGGACCGACAGGUUGAAGGUGCACGCGGAGACGGAGGCGGAGACAGAAAGAUUAAAGGCCGGGACCGAGCGGAUGAAGGUGGAGGCGGAGGGGAGGGUGCCGAACGAAGCUGACAAAGCGGUGGCGCAAGCGGAGUGGCUGAUGAUGGUGAGGACGGAUGACGGAAAAUGGGUGGGCGGCGGGGGAGACACAGAGAAUAUCUGCCGAGGGGGAACGGAGAAGCUGGACGCAGAGACGGAGGGGAUGAUAGCGGAAGCGGAGAAGUCAGCGAAAGAGGCUGAGAGGGCGGCGGAGACGGAGAGGCUGGAGUUCGAGGCUGAGGCGGAGAGGCUUCAGAAGAUUAGGAUUGAUGCGGAGGUUGAGAAGCUGAAGCGAAAGAAUGCGGCGAGGGAGAGGGCCGAGAUACGGAAGCUUAAGCACCGGAACAAUGAGGGCUUGAGAAAAUUGAUGCAUGGAUGA